AUGAGGUAUGGGGCGGGAACAUUUUCGUUCCAAGAACUCAGCCGAAAGCAGUCGGCAAAGGCAUCGUGGCCAUGGACUCGAGACUCGAGACCACCCAGGCCUAAAGUAGCCUUCUAUCUCUUCAUGAGGCGGAAAGAACCACAUCCUUUAGGCGCGAAAGACGACAUAUUGAUGAUUCAGGCGUUUGAUGCACUAGCCGCAGCGCAGUGCAGAAAUCCUCAUGGCUUCAGAUGGACGCUUGACUGUCCUAGGGCGUCCGACAGUACCAAGAUCUUGGGCCUCUCGGAAUUGGCCAAGUUGCGACAUCAGAGGCCCAGCGAACACGUGGUGGGCACCAAUGGCCCUGAAGAGAGUGGCUGGCGCAACACUUCUUCGAGCGUCGACUGGUAUGAUAAGGCUGCGAUGUCGGCCGGCAUCGUUGGAAUACGGGUGGCUUUGUUUCCUCGAGUUCGUCCCCACACGAGACUCUUUGCCCCCGGAUAUCGUGUCAGCUUGGCCACGUCCAGAAGGGUUUCAGCGAGGGUUACGAUCAGCGCCGGCAUAGACAUCGCUGCUUCUGAUGGAGAAGCCGAUAUGGCGAGAAGUCUUGUCCGCGACGGUGCGAAACAAGUGGUGAACUUAUCAGGUCCUAUCCAGAUUGUACCCAAUGCCACAGAGGACUUUUAUAACCCUGUCGCGCAGGUGAGUCCCAUGCCCAAUACGAAGACGGGUUUCUGA